AUGCCCUGGAAGGUGGAUCUCUCCACCGUGUCGACCAACUUAUCCGACGACCGGAGCGACGGCCUUUCGCAGACCUCGAACCCGGCAGACCCGGCAGACCCGGCAGACCCGGCAGACCCGGCAGACCCCAUCCCCACCGAGGGCAGCCAGGGACACCCCGAGCUUUGCCACCGGCCGUGCCUCUUCUUUGCGAGGGGUGGCUGCCAGAGUGGGGCAGAAUGCAGAUACUGCCAUUUGGAUCAUUCCGACCGCCCUGUGGGCUUGGACAAAAGCCAGCGCCAGGCGGGAGAGCAGUGGCGCCGAGUCCCGAGGCUUUCCCUUCUUCUUCCACAUUUGCAAGCCAAAGCAGACGAGAAAGGCUUUCUGCAGGACAGGAACUGUGCGGCUUUGACACAUCCCGCAUCCUGCAAUUUGGUGAACGUCAUGUUAUUGCUCGCGUCACUUUGA